UUUUUCCUUAAGUAAUUUUUAGGGGUUUGCAUUUUUUGUUAAUUUAUUAUUCUUAGGUCAAGCCUUUACAAUAAUGUUGGUUUACGUAUGGUCUAGACGGAAUCCCUUUGUGAGGAUGAACUUCUUUGGGCUGCUGAACUUUCAAGCACCAUACCUACCAUGGAUUCUUUUAGCUUUCUCUGUACUCCUUGGUAAUGCUGUCUACGUAGAUUUAAUGGGCAUAGCUGUAGGUCACAUAUAUUACUUUUUGGAAGAUGUUUUCCCACACCAAAGAGGAGGUUUCAAAAUUUUGAAAACACCUUCUUUUAUGAAAACACUAUUUGAUCCACUUCCUGAAGACGCAGACUAUCAACGACUUCCAGAAGAACAGCCGGGUGGAUUUCAAUGGGGCAACCGAAAUAACGAUGAUGAUGGAGAUAAUGCAAAUAAUCCUGAAAAUAGGGGCGAAAAUGCUGGAAACCAAUAGCUGUGUUCGAUAGACCAAUAAGAAUUUUGUAUUUCUAUGAUUGUAUAAACAACCUAACUUCAUUUUGAAUAUCUAAUUCUUCUACCCAUUAUUAUGUGAUAAUGAUAUAUAAAACUGCAAAAUGUUUUAUUUUCACUGAAAUAUAUGUUAUUUAGUUUUGG